UCUCUUUCUCCCCCGACCGGUCGCGGGACUUGCAAGUUCGCCUUGUGCGCCCGAAGAGAAGCCGAGGGCUGCAGCUGCCCUUCCCGCCGUGGCUGUGGCAAGCGCUGCAUCAAGGCAGCAGCGCGGAGUCGCCCCGAGAGAAAGCUUGCUCCUCCGAGCCAGGCGCUGCUUGCCACACACCCAGCCGCGCAAAACGUCUUGGGUCUCCCCCCGCCAGGCGCUCGCUUUCUUUUUGCCCCUUUCCGUAACCCCGCUCAAGGAGUGCAGCAUGAAAUGGGCGGCAGCACGCCUAGCGCUGAGCGCGCUGUUGCUCUGCCUGGCCGCUCGGGGCAGCCCGCCGCUGCCGCGGGAGCUGCAGGGAGAGGAGGAGUUGGUGCUGCCCAUGCGGCUGGACUCCGUCGUAGAGCAACGGCAGCAGCAACCGGGCAGCGCCGGUGGGCGGCUCUAUCGCCUGGACGCCUUUGGCGAACGCUUCAGCUUGGAGCUGCAGCCCGACAGCAGCUUUUUGGCGCCGGACCUGACGCUGCAGUACGUGGGCAGCAGCCCGCAGAUCGAGGAGGAGGCGUCCGAGCACCCCGGCGGCUCAGACUUGGCCAGCUGCUUCUACUCCGGCACAGUGAACAGCGACCCGUUCUCCGUCGUGGCUCUCAGCCUCUGCGGAGGGAUCCGCGGGGCGUUCUACCUGCGUGGGGUCGAGUACCUCAUCCAGCCGGCUAAUGUUUCCCACCGCCGAGAAGGCGAGCAGUUCCACAUGCUGCGGCGGCGCCUGCGGAAGAGUGCCCAGCAAGGCGACGGCGCCAAAUGCGGGGUGGCAGAAGACAGCUCGCUUCCAGCCGCGGAAGGGCGGCUGGAGCGCCUCUUGGAGCACGUGUCGCGCCCAGGCAAUAGAAGCACAAGAAGGAAGAGAUUUGUGUCAAGCCCUCGCUAUGUGGAAACCCUGCUUGUAGCAGACCAGUCUAUGGCAGAGUUCCAUGGCAAUGGACUGAAGCACUACCUUCUUACACUGCUGUCUGUGGCCGCCAAAUUGUACAAGCAUCCCAGUAUCCGGAACUCCAUUAGCCUAGUGGUGGUAAAAAUAAUGGUCAUCUAUGAUGAACAGAAGGGACCUGAUGUGUCUUCGAAUGCUGCUCUUACCUUAAGAAACUUCUGCAACUGGCAAAAGCAACACAAUCCUCCCAGUGAUGGGCAUGCUGAGCACUAUGACACUGCGAUCCUUUUUACAAGACAGGAUCUCUGUGGUGCCAAGACAUGUGAUACUCUUGGAAUGGCUGAUGUGGGAACUGCUUGUGAUCCAAACCGCAGUUGCUCUGUCAUAGAAGAUGAUGGCUUGCAAGCUGCCUUUACAACCACUCAUGAAUUAGGUCAUGUGUUUAAUAUGCCCCAUGAUGAUGCAAAGCAAUGUGCUGGUAUUAAUGGUAUAAGCAGAGACUCUCAUAUGAUGGCAUCUAUGCUCUCCAACCUGGAUCGAAGCCAACCCUGGUCUCCGUGCAGUGCUUAUAUGAUUACUACAUUUUUGGAUAACGGUCAUGGUGAGUGUUUGUUGGACAAGCCUCACAAGCCUAUACAACUCCCUUCUGACCUACCUGGAACUCUGUACGAUGCCAACAGGCAGUGCCAGUUCACAUUUGGAGAGGACUCCAAACAUUGUCCAGAUGUAACCAGCACUUGUGCAACCUUGUGGUGUACUGGCACUUCGGGAGGAUUGCUUGUGUGUCAGACCAAGCAUUUUCCUUGGGCAGAUGGCACAAUGUGUGGAGAGGAAAAGUGGUGCAUGAAUGGCAAGUGUGUCAACAAGACAGACAAGAAGCAUUACGAUAUGCCUGUCCAUGGAGGCUGGGGCGAAUGGGGCCCCUGGGGCGAGUGCUCUAGGACAUGUGGUGGAGGAGUUCAGUACUCUCUCAGAGAAUGUGACAACCCUGUUCCAGAGAAUGGAGGGAAAUACUGUGAAGGCAAGCGGGUGCAGUACAGGUCCUGUAAUAUUGAAGACUGUCCGGAUAACAACGGCAAAACCUUCAGGGAGGAACAGUGUGAGACUCACAACGAUAUUUCUAAAUCACCUUUUGGAACUGAGCCUGCUGUGCAAUGGACGCCCAAGUUUGCUGGAGUGUCUCCCAAAGACAGAUGCAAACUUGUUUGCCUUGCGAAAGGCACUGGCUAUUUCUUUGUUCUUCAGCCUAAGGUGGUGGAUGGAACCUUAUGCAGCCCAGAUUCCACUUCAGUCUGUGUCCAGGGGCAAUGUGUAAAAGCUGGAUGUGAUCGCAUCAUUAACUCUAAUAAGAAGUUUGAUAAAUGCGGUGUCUGUGGAGGCAAUGGAUCUACCUGCAAGAAAGUGUCUGGAAUGCUUUCAAGUUCCAGACCUGGUUAUCAUGAUGUUGUUGUGAUCCCUGCUGGGGCAACGAACAUAGAAGUUAAGCAACGAAAUCAUAGGGGUGCAAGACAAGAUGGUAACUUCCUUGCUAUUAAAGCUGCUGAUGGCACCUAUAUUCUUAAUGGUGACUACACACUGUCAACACUGGAGCAAGACAUUAUCCAUAAAGGCAGUAUUCUGAGGUACAGUGGUUCAUCUGCCUCCCUGGAGAGAAUUCGUAGUUUUAGUCCAUUGAAGGAGCCCUUAACAAUACAGGUCCUCACUGUGGGUGAUUCAUUUCGACCUAAAAUCAAGUAUACCUAUUUUGUGAAAAAAUCAAUGCAUUUGGGAUCCGAGAAGGCUUCCAAUAAGAAGACUGAAUCUUUCAAUGCAAUCAAGGAGACAAUUUUAUCUGAAUGGUUUAUUGGAGAAUGGGGAGAAUGUUCUAAGUCAUGUGGUACUGGUUGGCAGAGGAGAGCAGUAGAAUGUAGGGACCUUAAUGGACAGCCUGCCAAUGACUGUGCAAGAGAACUCAAGCCAAGUGAUGUCCGACCAUGUGCAGAUACACCAUGCCCACGGUGGCAGCUGGGGGACUGGUCACCAUGUUCUAAGACAUGCGGAAAAGGUUUCAAGAAGAGAUUAUUAAAAUGCAUUUCCUUUGAUGGUGCCAUAUUGCCACAGGAAAGCUGUGACCCUUCAAAGAAGCCUAAGCAUUUAACAGACUCAUGCAAUAUUUCCAGCUGCAGCUAAACCAUAACAAGUUGGGAAAGCUAAAGGUUUUUCCCCCCACAUCAAAGCACUGAAACUAAGGGUGAGAGGUAGCAAGUAUAAUUUGUAAAGGAAAAAUCAGUGGAUUCACUGAAAUGGGACAGUGCAAAUAAUGUUAGAUAGUAUUGAACCAUGAAAAAUCCUGUCAGCUGAAAUCUGAUAAAAUGACAAACCAGUCAGUAGCUAUUUUAUAUUGAGUAGAUAAAACCCUGAGGUGUUACAAUUUCCUCCUUUAGUCUGUUACAAGUUAAACAAAACAUAGGAAGUGGGCAAAGCAAGUUUAAACAAACACUUAAUGCCUUAAUGAGGAUUGGAGUUUUUCAGGGUGGGGGGAACUUAAGAGGUUGUGUAGUGGUACUGAAAAUAUCUUUCUUGGUCAUAGUUGGAGAGGAGAAGACAGGUUUUCUCUAAGCUUAAUUAUUAGUCAGGUCUUGGCUACCUCACAAAGAGCAACAAAACCACAGUAUUUGAGAAGAAUUUUCAAUUCUAUUGUUCAUGGCUGCUAUCAUUUAGAGAAUAUUUUUGAUAUAACAACAGUAAGCAAUACUCUUCAUUGGGAAGCCAACAAGUACAGUGAUGGCUGCUUGUUAAAUCUUGAUAACUAGAAUGUAGUGCUCUAAAGAUCUUUUGUUUUGAUAAUGAGAUGUCUUCCUUGCAGCUGGUGACACUCAGACUAAGAAUGGAAGCAUUUCCAAAGCCAUGGACGAGUUCCAUUGGCUGGUCUGUGCUCCUUUUCUGCAUGUCUGGUUCAUGUCUCAUUUGCUCCAAAAGACACCAGUGAAAGGUUGGAGCAUAUGCACUUGUUUGCUGUUUUGUGAAAGUUGCUUUCACUUUUUAUAACCUGCUGCCAUUUGAGUUACAGAAAUGGUCACAGUUUUGUUAUCAUACAGCCUACCACUGCUUCCCCCAUCUAGAACCCUCCAGAAGUUUUGGACUUGAGGUCCCAUCAUUCCCAGCCAGUAUGACAAAUUACCAAGACUUCUAGGAGUUGUAGUCCAAACCUUCUGGAAGUGAUUAGGUUGGGAAAGUGACGUAGCACAUACUGCUUAACAGCAACACAGCUGCAUGUGAUCUAAUGCAAAGAGAUAAAUCCCAUAAUGAACAGUACAUCUCUCAAUACAUGGGCACCUAACAAAUUUACACUGCUCAAAACACUUGUAAGGCAGGGAAAAUGUAAGCUGAGGGAUAGCAGGUCCAUCCACAGCAGUAUGCCAAUACCCACAUAUUUAAAAGUGUGUGCUAGUCCAUAGACUAUGAGAGAAUGUGGCUCUCCAUAUGUAUAUAGUAAAAUUUAUGACUAUAGAUAAUACAUACUUUAUAAGUAUUUAAAUCCUUUUCCUUCUGAGAAGGGUUGUAAUUGGUAAUAAAUGCAUAUAAUGAACCUAUUUAUUUUUAUAUUUCUUGUCUAAUAUGAACUUCUAAGUUAUCACUUUUUUAAAAAAAGAUGUAUAACAAGAAUAGAGUAUUUAUGCAAUAUAAUAUGAUACUAGAAAUAAUAAACAAUGACCUUUAGAAAA